CGCUGAAGUAGCAGCACCCGGGAGGUCGGCGAUCGGGGCGGCUUUUGGGCCCCAGCUGCAGCCAUGAAGGCCCUCAUGCUGGGCGUGUGGGCCAUACUGGCGCUGCCCUCCUUCCUGCUGCUCCUCUAUCUGCUGAACGUAGACCUAGCCUACCUCUUCUUCCUCUUCAAGAAUAUCAGCCCCUACUUCUGGUCUGCGCUCGGCAUCAGCCUCUGCGUGGGCCUGAGCAUCGUGGGCGCCGCCUGGGGCAUCUUCAUCACAGGCUCCAGCCUGGUGGGUGCCGCCAUCCGCGAGCCCCGCAUCACAUCCAAAAACCUGAUUAGCAUCAUCUUCUGCGAGGCGGUGGCCAUCUACGGAGUCAUUGUGGCCAUCAUCCUGCAGACCAAGGUGGAGGCUGUCAAGCCCAACGCCGACGGUUCGUACGGCCUGGCCGCCGCCAACGCCGGCUAUGCCAUCCUGGGCGCGGGGUCGGUGACGGGGUGGGCCAACCUGGCGUGCGGGCUGUCGGUGGGCAUCGUGGGCAGCAGCGCCGCGCUGUCCGACGCCGCCAACUCCACCCUCUUUGUGAAGAUCCUGGUGGUGGAGAUCUUUGCCUCCGCGCUGGGCCUGUUUGGCGUGAUCAUCGGGAUCAUUAUGGCGGGAAAUGCAAACUUCACGGCACAAGGCUGAUGCAUCGCAGCGCUCCGUAUGGGCAGGUGGCGCCACACCGCGCCCCGCCCAGCCCCAUGCCUUUUCCCUAACUUGCGCUCAACAACGUAAUGUUUACCGCUGGUUUGUUCUGUGCUCGCCGUCCGGGCGCCGUCCCAUUUCCUGUUUGCACCCUCUCUGGCCCCACCCCUCAGUCGGCGAUGUGCCGCGCGGUGUGGUGCUGCAGCGCCGCCUCCAGCCGCUGCCGCUGCUGCUCGGGCUGGCACGGCUCCGCCUCAUACAUGCCGGCCAGGCUGUAAACCGACACCACCC